AUGAGCGCCCUCCGUGCCACAAUGGGAUUGCUGUUCCUGGGGAUGCUUCGAGCCUUCCCAAAGGCAAAGGCCAGAGCCCAGCUGCCCUGUCGCGCCCCCUCCACCAACCCCUUAAAGGACACUGGGAUUGACCAGCUGUCUGGGCCCAUCUCCACUGACAGUGGUGGGCCCUACAGUUCAGAGGUUUCUCUGACCCUCCAGGAUCGACUACUCAAGACCACGUGUGCUGGAGACCCCAGUUACUACCCUGGGGAGGCUGCUGGGAGCUGCUGUCACCGUUGCCCCUCAGGGUUGUCUCCAACACAGCCGUGCCCACAGGGUCCCGCCCACUGCAGAAAGCAAUGCGAUCUCGACCACUAUGUGAACGAAGAUGGGCACUGCACAGCCUGUGUGACCUGUUUGGAAGGUCUCGUGGAGAAGGCUCCAUGUUCCAGGAACUCUUCUCGAGUCUGUGAGUGUCAGCCUGGCACGUACUGUAAGACACCAGCUGUCAAUUCUUGUGCCCGAUGUUCCUUACACUCCCAAUGUUCUGAGGGCAAGGUUGUCAAGUUCCCAGGCACAGCAGAGAAGGACACCGUCUGUGAACUGCCUUCCCCGGGAUCUGGCCCUGAUUGCUCCAAUCCAGAUGACUGCAAGACACUUACUAGCUAUGCUCAAGCCACACCUACUCUAAAGUUCUCAGCCACUGAAAGUAAGCGGAGCUUGAUGACAAGAGGGGGCACCGACCUUGUCCAGGAAGAUGCUGCUGGGCUGUCGAAGGUUCCAGAGGCUCCCUCUUUCCAUGCAGCGGAGCCGGAUCCAGACCCAGGUACUGCAGAGAUGAAUAUGACCUUGAAGCUGCCGUCUCCAGAGACCCUCCCUGACUUCAGCACCUCAGAAAACAUGGAGGAGCCUGCCAGUACUGCCUCCACCCUGAGCCUCCUGGUGGAUGCCCAGACCAGCAGCAGGGUGCUGCAGCCCAGCUCUCCCUUGUCCACAGGAACACCAUUUCUGGAUCCAGGGCCUCUGCUCUUCUGGGUAGCCAUGGUGAUGCUGCUGCUUGGCUCCAGUUCCUUCUUCCUGUGUUACUGGAAGACCUGCAGGAGGCGGAUCCAUCAGAAGUUCCACCUGGACUCCCUAGCCCAGACCUUCCAGCCGAAGACGGAGCAGGUGGAUUUCAGACCUACUGAAAAACCAACUCAGCUGAAGAGAAGUGUAUCAGUGACAGAUCCCAGCACAGGAUACAAGCCUGUGAGCCCUCCAGCUGUGGAGACUUGUACCAGCCUUGGGGCAGCCUGCCUGGAGAGCCAACCACUGCUGGAUGACAGCACAGCUGGGAAUCCUUUGACCCCCAGGGAACCUCCAGAGCCCCGGGUCUCCACGGAACACACGAAUAACAGGAUUGAGAAGAUCUACAUCAUGAAGGCUGACACGGUGAUAGUGGGCUCUGUAAAGACAGAAGUCCCUGAGGGCCGGGUUCCAGCAGGGUCUGCAGAGCCUGAGUGGGAAGCUGAAUUGGAAGUGGACCAUGCCCCUCAUUACCCGGAGCAGGAGACAGAACCACCUCUGGCCAGCUGCACUGAGGUCACGUUCUCAGUGGAGGAAGGAGGAAAAGAGGCCCACGGGCCCACGACUGUGUCUGAGAAGUGAUGCCCAGUGUUAGCUGGGGCUAGAGGGCAGCUGAGUGUACCCUAGAGAUCAGGUUAGCUCCAAGCUGGGAAGCCCCAGCUUCCAGUGGUAGCCCAGAAUGAAGCCUCCAGCUGCUGCCAAGAGCACUGGCUCCUGUACCCCAGGAGUGGGCACUAGCUGU